AUGAGCAUAUUACCUCCUGUGUCAAUGCAAAGCCCCCAAGCGCAUCCAGAUAUGGAAGAGACUAGAUGUCCUUCACCAGAACUUGCAAGGAUGCAUUUGAUCAAAGGCAAAGAUGCCAUAGAUCGUUAUUUGGCCAUGCAUAUCAAAGGAUUGUCAAAACAAGAGGCUUCUGCUUACCGGAAUUCGUACAAGAAGAACAUCUGCAUAGACAUGCUGCGGCAGGGUUAUCACAAGUCUUUUGCCGAGCUCUUUACUCUGAUAGAGAAGUGGAAUGCCUUGAGGGAGGCUUCAGGGCCUGGGUCAGCCAUAUGGCUGCAGAAGUCCCUAGAGGAGCAGCCUGAUAAACUGGAUCAGCUUCACUACUUCCUGACCAGGGCUGAGGCAGCCCAGCGAUCAGAAUACUAUGAAGAGAUGUAUUUGAACCAACUCAGUUUGGCCUAUUGCUUCAACAAACCUGAAGACAGAUGGUUAAGGAAUUACUUCUAUGAACAAUGCUACAAAACUGCUCAACUAAUUAAAAUUGAUGGUGGGAGGAAAGAAGCUGAAGCACAUUCAAAUAUGGGCCUGGUUUAUGAGGAGCAAGGUCAGUUCCUGAAAGCUGCAGAACAUUAUGAAGCGUUCUAUCACUUGACAGUGGGGCGGAUAUGGAAAGAUGAGACCAAUCGGACUCUUAAUACGCUAGCCUGUGAGCAUCUCUGGAGGAUUUACACAUUACUAGCAGACAAAAUGCUACAAAAUAAAGAAUACCGACAGGCCAUUAAAACUCUAAUAAAAGCUUUUCAAAUGGCAAAAGAAGCGGACAACAGGAAUACUGAAGCAGAAGCUGCAUUCCGUUUGGGUCUGGCAUAUCAUGAAGCUGGAGAAGAAGACACCUCAAUAUUGAAGCUAAAAGAGUACCUGGAAUUAUCCAAAAUAUUGGGAGACUACAGUGGAAUAGGCAGAGCAUAUCAAGCUUUAGCCAAAGUUCUGGUGAGUCUGGGGGAAGUGGAUGAAGCUAUUACAUACUUGGAGGAGUUUAUGAAUAUUGCCAAGAACAUUCAACUGACACACAGCUUAGUGGAUGCGUGUACAUUCCUUGGAAACAUUUACAAUGGAAGAGGGAAGUACUCCAAAGCCUGUGAAUAUUUUGAUCAAGCAUUUUGCGCAGCAAAUGUUCUUGCUGAUUUGCCUCUAGUGAAUGAAACAAAGGUAUACUGUGGCAUUGGGAAAGCUCAUAACAUGAUGAUGAAGGUUAACAGUCAUACAGAAGCUGCAGAUCACGCCGGCAUUGAAUACCUGCUGGAUUGGAAGGAGAAUAGAAGCGACAUGUGCGCUGACCCUUUUACAGCUGGGGAGUCAGGUACAGUCACCCUUCCAGAAAUAAGUAGCGGUAAGCAGCAGAACUAUUCAUUUCUAUUGUCUUUUCAGCUGUUGGAUAACAAGAUGGAGAUGAUAUCUACUACUAGCUUCUUGUAUGUAGGUUCAUCUUCCACCUUCAGUGCAGCCACGUUGGCUGUCCGCAGAAUAGUAGUUUCUAGCUGCUAA